AUGGUCUAAAUUUAGAGAACAGAUGUUUGCAAAUCAAAAAGUUCACAUUCAUCAUUUUACAAUAAGAUUAUUUUGUCGUGAAAAAAAAAUGAGUCUCGCACCUCAAUUCGCAGGACAUCGUUGGGGUUCUAAUAACGCACCACACAUUUUAGAAGUUUAUUUAGACUAUGUGUGCCCAUUUUCUGCUAAACUUUACAAGAGACUUCGAAAUGAGGUUCUACCUUUUAUUGAUCAAAAUUAUUCUGGAAAAGUGCAAUUCAUCUUUAGACAACAAGUGCAGCCCUGGCAUCCCUUUUCAACUGUAGUUCAUGAGGCCGCAAUUGCUGUCGAGAAGCUUGAUCCUUCAAAAUUUUUUGUUUUCUCUGACAAAUUAUUUGACGUUCAAAAACAGUACUAUGAUGAAUCUGUACAGAAUUUGACUCGAGCACAAAUUUAUGAAUCAUUGGCUAGUCAUGUUAGUGAGAUUGGAUUAUCAUCAAGUGAUUUUCUUCUAUUACUUCAUAUACCAGUAUCAAUCAAAUCGGAAGAAGCUCGUAAUGCAGGUAAUAAAAUUACGAAUGAAUUAAAAUGGCAUAUUAAAUUAGGAAGACAAAUAGGAAUUCAUGUUAGUCCAACUUCUUUAUUUGACGGAAUUAUUGAUAAUGAUAUUAGUUCUGGGUGGACUCUUGAUCAAUGGAAAGAAUGGUUAGCUAAAAAAGUUAUUUGAUUGAUAUUUGCAAUAUUUUUAUUACAAGACCAAAUACAACGUGUAAAAAAAUAAAUAUCAUAUUAUUUUCAUGUGAAUAAGUGCAAUUUAAAAAAAUAAAUUACA